CCACUGACCACAGCAGACGUGUGCCCAUUUACUUACGCUACUAGAUCAUGGCCCGUGACCUUCAUGGAAAGUCAUUCUUGAGAGAGUCGAGGCGGAUGACAGAGGAGCCUCGUCCUCUUAACUCUGCCAGUUCACCUUUCCUGCUGAUCGACCCUGCCGUCCUUCGGACUCUUACGACCUCAAAGAGCACCACGGAUAUCCGCAGCUCAGCAGGCUACAGUCCCGCACAGAAUGGUGCACCGGGGCAGGACGGUGUCCAUAUGCAAACAGGCGUGCAGCCUGUGCGGAAUUGGACUCAAACCGAUCAGGAUGAGACAGAUGCUGAAAACCGGAAGAAUGCUAUGAAGGAACUUGUGAAGUCGUGGAUGGAUCGGCUGCAGCUGAUCAGUGUCAUCACUACCUUCUUCGCUGCGACAGAGACGCAGUUACUGGUCAUCACUACGCCGGUUGAUGAUGAUACGCCCGAAUCGCGAACUCGGUCCGCCGCAAACGCGAUUCUAGCUGGUGCUCUUGUGAUCCAUCUGUGUGCAGCGAUCAUAUCAUUCCUCGCAGCUUUCUUCCUAGUGCGCUACCGCCUCAAAGAGGCAGCCAAGGAAGAGAUCAAGAUCGAGACCGGCAUCACGCCUACGUCGUCCAAAUCGGCGCUCAAGACUGGCAUCUGGACGGCGAAUCCACAUCUGGAGGAGAUGGGUCCGUUCCGUCGCGGAGGCCCGCCGACGCGCUUGCUGGAGCACCUGCAUACGUUGUGCAUGUGGCUGGCUGUCGUAGGUUUUGCGCUUGCAUUGGCAGGGGCACUAUGCUACACGUGGGCACGUCUGUCUCGGAGCGCGAGCAUCUUCGCCAGUGCGUGUAUGGCAGUGUCCUGGUUCGCGGCCUUAGGGGCAGUGUUCAUUGCACUCUGAGCCUGACCGUAUGACGAUGAGGCUACAUACCCCCACAAAGACAUUGCUCGUGACAUGCGACGAACUUCACUCACAGACCCUCCCAACGGCAUCCACUCUUCGUGUAUGUUGACGCCUGCUUACGACCAACUUCAAUGUAUCUAUAACACCAGUCUCCAUGCUUCUCUAUCUGCAGUGGAUUAUGCAUUCACUAUCAUACCACCCUAUUAUUCUUACUACCAUACAUACUCGUGAUAAUACUGGAGUUCACGAUGAUCCCUGACUCGAAUCCAGUGCUGUAGUACUGUAACAGUCCUGAUACCUUCUUGAAUCGACGACCGGUUCGCGGUUCGUGUUCAGCAAUCGAUGUCAGUAUUUAUGUAUCUUGUUUGAAAUGAACAUGUGCUGGUAUACUCAUUCCAUGCACUCAGAUUUUUUCUGUGUCACUGUACAUUAAUCUGAGCCACCUUAGAUUCAGAACGAUACAGUAGUACCAAUGAUGAAAACAC